GCUUUGUUCACUGCUAUGCCAAGCGCUUCUUCUGUGGUUGACAAUAUUGUGAAUAUUUUUGGGCAAACAUUACAUGCAAAAAUUUCGAAAACAAGUUUAGUCGAAGCAAUCGAAAAUGCCCUGCCAAGAAAUAACGACGAGCAAAGUCGUGGUUCACCCAUUGGUUUUGUUAAGUGUGGUCGAUCAUUUCAAUCGCAUGGGUAAAAUCGGAAACCAAAAACGAGUGGUCGGCGUGUUGCUAGGAUGUUGGAAGGCCAAGGGCGUGUUGGACGUCUCCAAUAGCUUCGCGGUUCCGUUCGACGAAGACGACAAAGACAAAUCCGUGUGGUUCCUAGAUCACGACUAUUUGGAGAACAUGUACAGCAUGUUCAAAAAAGUCAAUGCUAGAGAGAGAGUGGUUGGCUGGUAUCACACUGGACCCAAAUUGCAUCCUAACGAUAUCGCCAUUAAUGAACUGGUUCGAAGGUACUGCCCAAAUUCGGUAUUGGUUAUUAUUGAUGCCAAACCAAAAGAUCUGGGUCUUCCCACGGAAGCAUACCAAGCUGUUGAGGAAGUACAUGAUGAUGGAUCACCUACUUCCAAAACGUUUGAGCAUGUUCUCAGUGAAAUUGGAGCGGAAGAGGCUGAGGAGGUCGGAGUUGAACACUUGUUAAGGGACAUUAAGGAUACAACAGUUGGUACACUGUCUCAAAGGAUUACAAACCAAUUGCUAGGCUUAAGAGGUCUUCACUCACAACUUAGAGAUGUAAGAGACUACCUGAUUCAAGUAGGCGAUGGAAAGCUGCCUAUAAAUCACCAAAUAAUUUACCAACUGCAAGACAUAUUUAAUCUUCUGCCAGAUAUUAACCAAGUUCAUUUUAAUAAGGCAUUUUAUAUAAAAAAUAAUGACCAAAUGUUGGUGGUUUACCUAGCGGCUUUGGUUAGGUCUAUUGUGGCAUUGCACAACUUAAUAAACAAUAAAUUGACAAACAGAGAUGCAGAGGAGGGCAAGAAAGAAGAAAAGAAAGACGCAAAAGAGAACAAAGACAAAGAUAAGGACAAGGAGAAAGACAAAGAUGUCAAGAAGGAUGAGAAAAAGAAGUAGUUUGUA